CGCGCGCCGCGAGAAGGAGGAGGGAGCAGGGGGCUGAGCUGAUCCCACGUGUGACGCUUUCAUUCCCGGCUCAGUAAUAUUCUCGUAGCGGGGCUUUGCAUAUCUCCUGCCGUAUCUGUGUGUGUCUGUCACUGUUACUGUAGUCCCAGCCUAUAGUUUUGGAAUAAGAUAUGGAAGGAGACGGGAGUCAAGCCACAUCCGGAAGCCUAAAUGAUUCACAACAUGACCCGGGUAAAAUGUUUAUCGGUGGCCUCAGCUGGCAAACCUCACCAGACAGCCUUAGAGACUAUUUUAGUAAAUUCGGAGAAAUAAGAGAAUGUAUGGUGAUGAGAGACCCCACGACAAAGCGCUCAAGAGGAUUUGGGUUUGUUACGUUUACAGAUGCUGCCAGUGUAGAUAAAGUCUUAGCUCAACAACACCACGAAUUAGACUCAAAGACGAUUGAUCCUAAGGUUGCCUUUCCCCGUCGCGCCCAGCCUAAGAUGGUCACAAGAACAAAGAAAAUAUUUGUGGGUGGCUUGUCAGCCAAUACAGUAGUGGAAGACGUCAAGCAGUAUUUUGAACAAUUUGGGAAGGUCGAUGACGCCAUGCUUAUGUUUGAUAAGACGACCAACAGACAUAGAGGAUUUGGUUUCAUAACCUUUGAGAGUGAAGACAUCGUAGAGAAAGUCUGUGAAAUUCAUUUUCAUGAAAUCAAUAAUAAAAUGGUAGAAUGUAAGAAGGCCCAGCCCAAGGAGGUGAUGUUCCCACCAGGUACACGGGGGCGAGCCAGGGGUCUGCCCUACACCAUGGAUGCCUUCAUGCUGGGGAUGGGCAUGCUGAGUUACCCAAAUAUCGUGGCAACGUACGGCCGUGGAUACACUGGAUUCGCACCGAGCUACAGCUACCAGUUCCCGGGCUUCCCAGCUACAGCGUACGGACCGGUGGCGGCGGCGGCGGUGGCGGCGGCGCGUGGCUCAGGUAGGGGGGCCCGUGGAAGAGGCGGCUACUUGGCGUACCCACAGAGCACAGGGCCAGGCCUCCCCGAUUAUGGGUUUUACUCUGCGCCAAGUGACCAGAGGGGGGGGCCCUGCUCCUUUGCUGACUAUGGCUCCCUGGGGCCCCAAGCGGCUCAGAUGCUGCACAGUGAGCAUGCCACCUCCGCCUGCAACUCCCCCCUCCAGCACCUACACAGCCCGGAUCAAUUUAAGAACCCAGGCGCCAACCCGUCGAGGCCCGGAGGCUUCCCAGGUGCUAACAGUCCAGGGCCCGUGGCCGACCUGUACGGACCGAGCAGCCAGGACUCAGCCGUGGGCAACUACAUCAGCGCUGCUAGCCCUCAGCCCGGCUCUGGGUUCGGCCCCAGCAUCACAGGUCCGUUGAUUGCGACAGCUUUUACAAAUGGAUACCAUUGAACAGGUGGCCGGUUGCCAUCUCAUCAGAGCAGAGUAUGUCUGGUGGCCCAGGAAAGACAGGACGAAGUUUCUAAUUGGCUUUGUGUGCAGGUGAUGCUAAUCCAACGUCAAGCACUACGGCGUCACCCAGACAAAAAGCACGAAAGUUGGAACCACAUGAAGAAGAAAAGAAAACGUUAGUCAUCUCAGAAAAAUAACAACUGCUGUACUAUAACCCAAACCUCCUAUAACUUUACAACCUGGUUUGGUAUGAUGUGUCACGUCGAUUUCAUUCACCUGUUUCCUUCCUCUGUUAGCCUUGGUUUGGAUUAGUUUUUAGAGGAUCCUUUUAGUUUCUAUUUUUGUGUCAUUUUUCUUUUAAUCUUCUAGUAUAUUUGUGUAAGUGGAUUUUGUUUGAAGUGCAGGGGAUGGGGGGAUGGGGGGAUGGGGGGGGGGGUACUCACAGCUAAGACGCAAGUCACGUCUUCAUCUUCGUACCGGAGAGUGUCCAGGAGAAAACGAUGGGAUGUUCUAUUCGGUCUUUCCGCAAAAAAAGAAGCUCAGAGAAAGACUCGGAGGAAAAAAAAUCAAUUUUAAGCAAAUUUUAAAGAAGGUAUCUAAGUAAUAAAUCUUAGUAGCUGUUUAAUUUCUUGUGAUGUCCCAUUGUUAACCAUAAUUACCUAUUUUUGGGCAAUACAAAGAGGACUCCAAUAUUUUUAUGGUCCUUUUUUAUAAGUGUUGUUUUUGUUGUUUAGAAAUCUAUAUAUAUACUAUAACAAAUUUCAUAUAACUACAUUGUGAAUUCAAACUUGAGAAAAGAAAUGUAGCUAUACAUAUUAUUCCAGUCACUGCAUAUAACCAACUCAGUGAGAGAAUAGCAUAUUUUUGUGAUGGUGUGUCAAAAGAACAUGUUAUAGCGUGUGAAUAGAAGAAAAAGCUGUAAACCGUUAUUAUUCUACUUUUUCUGCUGGAAGACGGUAAAACGACCCCGGAGAGAGACACAGAACACAACACACUCUGCUCUGUACAUACUGAAGCUGAAGAAUUUUACAAGUGUCAUACCAGCAAAUUUACAAACGCGUCGGCUCAACACAGUUUUAAGACGUUACGAAUAAAAAAGGAGCCCGAUUGUUUUUUUUUUUUUUUUUGUCUAACUGUUGAGAUAUCAGUAUCAUUUCAAACCUAGAGACCUAGAAAAAAAAAGACGAUUGAAUCCAAAGCACACUGUACUUAGACGUGAAGAUCAGAACUUGAACCAGGCAUUUUCCAGUGCUCUGUGCAUCCUGACACUUUUAUACUCUUGCGAGGAAACGUAUUAGAUGUGUGUUAUUGUUUGUUUCAUCCUGCUUGUUCUUUUUGGGAACACGAUAUCUGGGCUCGGUGCUCGAGCCUUUAUGUGACGCUCGUUCUCUGAAUCAGCUCUUUUUGAAUGAAUUAGGAAAGUAAACAUUUUGAUACCAUACCUCAGCCUUUGUGAGUUCUAUUGUGGAAUCAUGGGCAGGUUUAAUUUAUUCUAGUGGCAAAAUAAAUGAAAACACUGAAAGGUAAUAAUGCGAGUAAUCAUUGCACUGUGAGUAGUAAAGUACAGGCCAUUUUUUCCUAUUUGCACAUGUAUAUGUUGGCUUUUUAAAAACGGCCCUGUGCUUUGGGAUAGUAUGAAGGAUUUGGGGGUUAAUGUAUUCUCAGCUAGACGAACACCUCAGCGUUUUGAGGUGAGUUACCAGCUUGGGAAGUAGUAACAGAUAAUGUUGCGGUGUACACUUGGAUUUCUUUAUAUCAUCAAAGAUAUUUAUACAGGGUCAAAAGAUGACACUGAAUUAUUCGCAGUCUGUCGCAGCACCAGGUUUUACACGGUGUGUGUGCUUAAUGAUUUUACUUAUGACAAACGUUUAAUAAUAUUAUGAAUAUUCUCCAGAGUGCAGUCCAGUUAUUCACUGUCAUUGCUGGAAUGAAUGGUGUGUCUUCUGGAAAAUCUUUGCCUGCUGCAGAUGUUGGUUUUGUCAUUUUUGCCCACUUCCUGCCUUUUUCUUUUUUUUUUUUGCUUUUUUUUUGUUUGUUUUUCAAAACAACCAGGUAAAGAAAUAUGCUGGAUACUUCUAAAGUCAGUGAUAUGGAGGUGUGAUUAAGUAAUAAUUUAAUGAGUAAAGAGAAAAAAAACCCUUGUAAUGUUCAAAUGUAAAAGAAAAUACAAAAUACAAAACUAUAAAAAAAGAAAGAUGCUUCUUUGCUGAUUUCAAGUUUAAUCAGAGUUUUAUUGAUACUUUGUGGUUUAUAUAUUAAUAAUUGUAAUAUACUAUUAAAAUGUACUGUGCAUCCAUUGCUUUCUCUCUUUCCAUUCCCCAUCCUCAAAGAUCCUACUAUCUUUUGUUAAUCAUUCAUGUAUUUCAUUAGUGUGUAAAGAAAUCACAGUUAACUUGUAAAACGAGUGCUGUCUUUGAUACCAGUGUAGUGCUCUUUGUUGUUCUCCCUUGCUCUACCUCUCCUUUCUCUCAUAUUUAUCCCCCUCGCGCUCUUUUUCUAUCUCCUGUAAUUACAACGUAGAUGUUAUAUAGAACUCAUUAAUAUACUACUUGUAGUGAAUAGUGGAUUUAGGACCAGUCAAGAUAGACCUUUCUCUAAAUAAUCAUGUUAUUCAGAUAUUUGCAGACAAUUAUUUUGGUAGAGGUUCAUUGUAAUUUAUUCCCUGUAUGUUUUUCUUUUUUGGUCUUUGCCACUCUCACAUGGUUUCAGCUAACCAAAGCUCUCAUGGAUGAACAACAGAGAAACAGUUGCUGUAAGAUGGAAUUGUACACAUGGCAUUAUUUGGAUCCCCACCCUUGAAUGUUUUAAAAGGGGUGUGCCAUACUACCUUAAAUGCUAACGCUAGAUAUGCAAACCUUUUGUUAUUUGGUCUUUUUUUUUUUUAAAAACAAGGGACACAAGCUUUCCUACCACGAAAACCGUUGAGCAGGAAACAUCUGGCUAAGAAGGAGCAGGUGUGAGAGUAUGGGGUUUGCACCAAGGCUGAAUAAUAAAUGUUCACGUCCUGGUGCCGGACCAGCUUCCCAAAGCUGUGAUUCAUGGCCGAGCUAAAUCGGAGCACAUACGACUCCAGUAAAACAUACGUUUGAAUGCACAAAGUUUUACAAAUACGGUUGCGGGAGUCAGGUCAAUAGGUGCUCACGCUCUAGACAUUAGUUAUGUUUAAUGUAAUAAUAUUCCUUUCAUGAGGUUUUAAGACUUGGUUAUUAUUCUAGAUAAUAACCCGCCUCCGUUUUACAUGCAGAUUAAACGCAGGAUGUGCAAUUUCGAUCUAAAUGAAUCAAUUGCAUCAUGUAAAACUGGGCAUAGCAAUUACGAUAACAACGCAAAUACAAAUAAAGGGUUUUUAUUAUUCAUAACAUUAUUCAUUUCCAUAUUUUAGUGUCAAAGGUAUUGAAGUACAGAAUAACAACAACUACUAACUCUGAACUCGCUGAGCGAUAAUGUGUCCCUCAAAUAGGUUCCGUGCAUAUUUAUUAAUUAUUAAAUCAUAUAUCAAACCACCUUAAAUAAACGUUUAAUCUGAAAAACAAAUAUCACUGCGACAAGCGUUUGGAGUCUCCGUCACUGUUGCAGCACCUGCUGUUUUCUUAGGAUGUAAUUGACCCCGUUUGAAGCGGCUCAUUUCCCCUCGCACAAUCUAAAACAUUGGCUCCUUUAUUGUUUUUUGAUCCUGUAGCUUGGACUUUAAGGUAGCAUGGCUCUGUUGCUGUAAUUUCAUUUUAUCUCAACCUGACAGCAGUUUACAGCUGAUGAAUGUUACACAUCUUAGUAGAGUAGAUUAUCCAUUCGGGGACGAGGGAGGGGGUCUUGGUUUUAAGAAAAAAAAAUGAAAAAAGAAAAAAAGUCAACCUGGAUGGUGUUGACAUUUGUAGUGUACUACCGUAUCCAUUUAAACUUGAAUCUUGAGGCAAGUGCUAGGCAAUGGCCAAACAGUGGGAACAUGCCACCCUAAAACCACACCUGUGAGAUUUCUGUCAUCCUGGACUGGAAUCUGUUGGAGUCUGAACUGUCAGAGCUGCAGACAAAGACUGUUCUGCCGCUCCAUUUCCAACGAAUCCGACCGAAUUCGAAGGCUCGUCGAAUGUUCUCCAGCAUUUCCACCCGAAUGAGGCUUAUUCCCAGUGGUGCUAAUGGUUUGACACCAGACAACGUGCCCUUAUCUCUGAGAGAUACUGGAUACUGUCGCAGUGACCACAGACUGAGUCUCACCGACGCUAGCGCGUGGGUGGGGCUCUCUCUCGUUUCGGGUCAGAACGGACCUCGGUUCAUGUUCACGACCCAGAAGUCUUCAAGGUGACAGAAAUGGCACAGGUUGAACUGUACUGUCGCGUUUUAGGGUGAACUUCCCCUUCAGCCCAAACCAUUUCGCCAUCACACCCAUCAUUAGUAAAUAUAUACACGCGAUUGCAAUAUAUAUGUGUAUAGAUGAAUAUAUACUUGCAAUUUUCACUCAGUUUGAACAAAAUUAGACUGGAGACCUCAGCUGUAUACAGAAUAACCCUCACGCAGCUCCACCCAGACUUGUAGUCGUCAUAGUCCUGUGUUCACCGGCACCAGCGUCGGCCCCUGGCGCGAUGCGGCCCAGCGGGGGGUCCGGGAGCCCGCGGGCAGCAGCGGGGGGCUCCGCCGUGCCCCCGCAGGCCGAGCGGAACCCUCGCUUCCGCCACCGCCGGCCCAUUCCUAACACUUGCCCCGCUUUUUUUUAUGUUCACCGACUUUUUAUGGCGAGAGACAGACAGACUUGACUGACAUCUGAAAGCAUCUUUCAGGUUAUCAUAUGGCUUGCUCAAGCCCUGUUGUAAAAUAUACUACUACUAAUAAUAAUGAUGAUGAUGAUAAUAAUAAUAAUAAUGGAUGGGGGUCUCUCACAUAUCAAAUGUGGAAAGUCUAAUUUUAUAUUUGUAUUUUCAAAUAAUAAUAUUGACAAAAAAAUGUCUGUGAAAGGUUUCCAUCCUCUACUGUGGUCCAGAAAUUGAUGUGUCUGUCUGGAAAAUAAAUAAAAUAUACUGAAUUGUUA